AUGAGCUUCCAGGAAGGGGGCCCUGAGGAGCCCCAGCAGGAGCCGCUGAGAGGCAUAGCAUCCAGAAUAAUUCAGAAGGCCUGGAGAAGAUAUGUGCACAGAGAAGUCUUCAGGUAUUUCAAACAGCUGAUCAACGGUUGCAACCAGCGGGAUCCACAGUCCAUCCUGAAAACUGUCAAUCCACGAGAGGCGGAGCUGCUGGAUGCUGCUGCUGGGGUGUUCAUCAGAUUUCGUCUUGGUGGGAUCACCUUUCCUCCCAGCAUCUACUAUAAGAUCUUCACCCACCGGCCCAUCGCAGAUGUCUGUGCCAACAGCCCAAAGAACUACACUCAGCUGGGCCUUAAGAAGCUUGAGGCCCGGCAGAGCAACAUCGGCUGGCCUCCGAUGCAGGAGGAACGGUCAGGGUGGUAUCAGCGUAUAGAAAACAACAGCUGGAGGGUGUUCUGCAAGACGGUGCUUCCCAUCGCUGAGCCCAUGGAGUUCGGAACAAACAAAAAGAUGGACUUUCACUUCUCCAGGUUGCAGCGGCAGCAGGAUGUGGAAAGGUGGAGGAAAAGGAGGAAAAUUGAAUAGCUGAGGCAAAUGUAUAACCAUGGUCGGACCCUUCCAGUGCAUGAACACAUGGUGACCCGGGUAGGGAACUCAGCCCAGGAAGCAAUGGAGACCACUGAAGAGAAGGGGGACAAUGAUGUGGAGGAGUGGGAGUUGGAUGAGCUCCUGUCCUGGACCACCACUCUCAGCUUUGAGGAGUAUAUGAAGGAGUGGAGACGUUUGGCUUGCAGUCAGUCGUCUGAGCCGAGCAAAGGCUGCUGUUUGGAUUAG